ACCUCUGCAUCCCCCGUGUAAUUUUGAUCAAGAACCUUCGCAGAGCUUCAAAAACAUUCAGAUCCCCCAGAGAGAGGAAACUACUUCAACAUGACUUGGGAAGAUGAGCCUUUCUCCGUUACUGUCCAUCCGUACCCCUCCCGCACCCGCAAGAGCGCCGCAUACGAGCUGGGCAACGCCAACGCAAAGAACGCCCUGAUUUUCAUCGGCGGACUCAAAGAUGGCCCUCACACUACUCCUUACAUCCGUGCAGUGGCCAACAUCAUUGAGAAGCGCGACAACCUCGACUACUCAGUCUUUGAGAUCCGCAUGAGGAGCUCUUGGUUGGGCUUUGGAACCUCGAGCUUGAAGAAUGACGUUGAGGAUAUCUCAGCUUUGGUGAAAUAUCUCAGAGGAAAGGGCAGACAGAAGAUUGUCUUAAUGGGGCAUUCGACCGGCACGCAAGACUGCAUGGAGUACACAAACUAUGCGAAGCACGGGGCUGAGCCUGUCGAGGGCUUCAUCUUGCAAGCACCCGUCUCUGACCGUGAUGGCCUCGAUAUUGUGGCCCCAAACUGGAGGGAGUGCCUCGCUACAGCUGAUCAGAUGAUAGCGGACGGCAAGUCGGAUUGGUGCAUGCCCAAGGACAAGGUACCUAACGUGCUUGGGGCUCCCAUCACUGCCUACCGGCUCAGGUCGUUGAUUGCAAAGGAUGGUGACGACGAUUACUUCUCUGCCGAUCUGGAGGACGCCAAGGUGCGCAAGUACUGGGGUCGUUUCAAGGCACCAGUUCUGGUGCUGCACUCGGAGAAGGACGAGUUUGUCCCUGACGAUAUUGACCAAGCAGCUCUCAACAAGCGAUACAAGGAAGCUAGCCCAAUGGUGAGCCCACUUUCAGGCCUCAUCCCCAACACAGGGCAUACAGUGCUGGAAGAUGAGGCUAGAGAGUGGUUGGGUGAAAAGGUGUGCGAAUUCCUCGAGACACUUCAGUGAGACCAUUGGGCGACGACUCACUGUACUGAUUCUUGUUACUGAGGGUGCGCUGAGUACUAUAUCCGACAGAGGCACAUCAUAGCGUGGGAUCGUGGCUACGUGGGUUCGGCAGCGCGUCAACGAAGACCUCACCACAGGAUCUGGUUAAGCCAGAUUCUUAG